CUGAGAUACGUGAACAACGCCACUUGCAUUUCUACCAGAGAUAAAAACAAGAGCACGAUCGGAUUGUUUUCUGGAAGCUUAGAGGUUUUGUCGCCAUAUCCAUCAGUGAAAUGGAGCGUUUAGAAAAAAUCUUGAAUGAUCGGUUGCAGCUUGGUGAAGCAUUCGUGGAUCGUGUACACCAGUCCAGAGCUGAGCUGGAACGUCAACUCCUGGAGAGGGACACGGACUACCAAAGGCAAAUCAACGAAUCCAAUUGCAGGCUGAAGGCAGCAUUGGCGCAGUUGCAACACAGUGCCGAUGACCUGCAGGUGGCAUUGCUUGAGCAAGAGGUCCAACAACUGGAGUCUGAAGCUUCAGCCAUCAAUUGCAAGUAUGAAACAGUUGACAGCCAGUGCCAGCUCUUUGAAGAUCUGCUGAAAAUAAAGUUGCUCCGCAUCGAAGAAAACACUGUGCAGUUUGUGAUGUCACACAUUGAUCCAGCUGAUCCAGAACAGGUAUUUCUGUUCACGUUACGACCUGAAGACAAUGGUUCAUUCACAGUUUUUGAUCAAGAUCCAGAUCUACCCAACUUUCAUCAGUUGGUAACCGAGCUAAAUCAGACGAAAGACACUGGCAAGUUUGUUCGUGCAAUCCGGAAAGGCUGGGAGGAGCAGAUGCAAGCAUGAGAGAAAUGCCUCAUCAGCAACGCAAUGCUCUGAAAUAAACUAACCCUAUAAACUACUGCCUACUUUUCUUUUACCAUGAAACCAUUUGUGCAUCCACAGCCCAAAAGAGAAGUGCUAGUCACUCCACUGAGGAUCAUACAUGCCAUGAUUUAGCAAGGACAUGAACUGAAUAGACUUGUGUGUAUGUUCGCAAUUUAGCCUGCUGUGCAUUCUUUGAUGAGCUGUGUGUACUGUCUUGAACUCCUGGAUGCUCCACAUUAAAUUGUAUUUCCUGUUCUUCAAUAUUUCCUUGGAGAUACUUCUGCUAAUGUAUUGCCACUUCCUCAACUCACAUGUUGCUAGUGCAUGUACAUACUUGAUAACGUUGUAUACAAUACAAUUCAGUACAGUACAGCUAUGUACCGGUAUGUUGAAGUAGCAAUCACAAUGCCAUAACUGCAUAAGUGCCACCAUUCUACUCGGCACUUCAGACGGAAUCAGUUGCCAACACAUGCGCGCUCUCACUCACUCU